AUCCGAUUGACCAGCCCUAGUUUCAGAAUAGAAGGGAUAAUGAAUCAGUUUUGGUGGUGUAGCAAGAGCUCAAACCCAACGGGUAUUCACAGGCUAUCAUGGCAGCGGAUGUCGACGCCAAAAAAAUUUGGUGGGCUGGGCUUUAGGAGGAUACGAGACUUCAACAUCGCUAUGAUUGGCAAACAAGGUUGGAGAUUGUUGGUCAACCCUGAUUCUAUCGUGGCAAGAGUCUUUAAGGCGAGAUACUACCCAAAAGGGGAUUUCCUAAAUGCGGAACUUGGCUCUUCACCAAGUUUCGUAUGGCGGAGUAUUUUAGGUGCUCGUCAUCUUAUCAUUAAUGGCAUAGGUCAACGGAUUGGAGACGGACGAGACUCUCUCGUAUGGGACUACCCAUGGGUCUGGGACAAGGACAUGCCUUACAUCACAUCACCUAAACCACCUUUCUGCCCAAAUUUCAAGGUUUCUUAUCUUAUUGAUCAGGAGAACGGCUCAUGGAAAAUGGAUGUGCUGCGAGAGUGGUUCUCGGAGCAAGACACUGUUCGUAUCCAUCGUACUCCGGUGUCUCUCUCUCGCAAAGACUGCUGGUUUUGGGUGGCGGAAACACAUGGAGUUUACACUGUGAAAAGCGCUUACAGGAAGCUGUGCGGGGAAGCAUCUCAGGUUAGCAUUUUUGACCCGUGGGGCUGACUUUGGGGGCUGCCGAUUUUGCCUAAAGUAAAAAACUGUAUUUGGAGAUGUUUAAGGGGUGUCUUACCCACGGCAUUAGCACUCGGAACCAAGGGAGUUGACAUUGAUCUAAACUGCCGCAUUUGUGGUGCACCAGAGGAGUCAUUAGAGCAUGUUUUUCUACUUUGUCCUUUUGCUCUAAAAAUUUGGAGGCUCCUUGGCAGCAAUAUAGCUAUAGGUUUGCA